CUCUACUGCCCUUGUUCCUGUUUCUUUGACUUUCCUUGUCGCGUCCCUGUAAUUUUCACCCUUUGGACGAAACUCAGUUGCGAAGGCGCGCAGCCGCUGCCGACUAUCGGUGGAGCUCUUAGGUUCGCCACACCCCAAACUUGCGUCAAGCAAAAACACACAAAGUUCGGCCAGGGACGGGAAACUCGGCUUCCAGUCAACGUCCACUUUUCGGCGCCGUUUCCUCGCUUUUGCCUCUCCCCGUCUGCCGCCACCCUGGAGAUCGGUCGCGUGCCUCUCCCCUUUUUCGGCAGCCCCUUCUCGGCCACUUCCCGAAACAGAAACCUCCUUUUUGUGAGAAGGCGGAGCUGACCGUUUCACGUCUUCCUUCAACUCUUGUGGUCUGCGUUGGCUGUGUUUCUGCCACUACUUUUUUCGCUGCGCAAUUUGGAGAGACUGCGUGGACCUGUGGUACAUGCAUAUCGUGCAUGUGUUGUGGAGAGCCGCACAAAAAACGGUGCCGGCUUCCUCUCGCGUUUUGUUUCCGGUUUUUCACCUGCGUGUUUAGCCGCGUCACCGCUGCGCUUCGGUUCUAGCGCAUCUAUUCCUCCAGGAACCGCUUUCGAAGUCGACCAAGAUGGCGCAGUUCCACAGAGAAAUCGGCAAGCUGUUUGCCUCCUACUCGAAUAAAAUCACCGCCAACAGCCCCGUCCAGUAUGUCCCUUCUCCGCCGACAAAGGGCAAAGUGAGACGCGCUCUCAGCUCGGCGCUGAUGCCCGUCUGGUUCAAGUUCUUCCGGGGACCUCUGGAUCGGUGGAACCUUGCCGUCAUGGCCAAGUACCUCCGCGACCACGGUCUGAUGUAUGACGACCUCUACAGCGACAAGGAGCCAGUGUUCGCUCGCGCUUUGGAGCUGCUCCCCCCCGAUAUUCAGGCUGCUCGCUUCCGUCGCCUUAUGCGCGGAACCUACCUGAAUCACCUGCGUCUGUACCUCCCGGUCCACGAGCAAAACUACGACCCCUUCAUCCCGUACAUGGCUCCCUAUGUGGAGGAGGCAAAGUUCCAGUUGCAAGAAGAAGAAGAACUGCUCGGCUACCACAUGUGGGAAGGCGUAUGGUACUCCGGCGGUGUCACUGGUUUCGGAGACAAGGAACCUGGCGAGCACUUCCUCGUUGCGCUGCCGAACUUGUACGGAGCCGGAGGUAGCCCCAUGCAGGCUGGCGGCAAGCACUUUUCGUCUCACGCCGCCUCCGCUGCUCGCGCGCGGCUAGCCACUCUUGCGCAGAAGAGGCUAGAGGAAGCGAUGCAACAAAGAGAGCGACAGUCUGUGUCUCAGAACUAAAUGGAAGGCCGAACGUAGAAGCGUGACAGAAGAAGGGGGCGGGCCGGCACAUCCAGAAGCACUCGAUUUCGCUUUCGCACUCGAGCGUCAGGGAGAGACAAAAGCUGUGAGUUGUCUUGUCAGUGAAGUCGUUCAUGGGCCGAACGCUGCGCGGUGGCACAAGCAAGCAAGCCCCGAAAAGAACGACUGUCUCUGUUUCCUGUUCAAAGAAAGAAAAGCGAACUCGCUGAGGGAAUCGGUGAUGUCGAGAACGGCUUCACAAAAGGACCGAGAAAGCAAGGUCUGUCUUCUUCAGAGACGGCGGUGUGUGCCAAAUAGUGUGCGAGAGAAAGAGUCUGAAACGGGUGUGAAUCAUAAGGGCCAGUCCACUGAUGCCAGCUACCUCUCUCCGUCUACACAAAUCUACGCUGUUUUACAGCCUUCCACGAGACGAUUUGCGCGGGGGCUUUCGUGUCGGCUUCGACGAACAUAGCCCCAGCCAUUUUUUAGCUGCUUGCUCUGUGUCUUCGCUGCUGGACGCUCUUCGCGAUUCAGCGUGUGGAUGGCACGCGUUUUCUGCGUUACUGAAUGGAACGGGGAUGUGUACACUGAAAUUCCAGCAGGCAAGUUUCCAUGCGUGCACAUGUUCCUCAGUCUCCCCGACUUUUCUGGUCUGUCGCUAAGGAGCAACUGCCUGAUGUUCGGCUCCUCUCAGAGGAGUGUGAUGUUUACGGGGAAACACGGGUCGACGGACACAACUCGCUCGUUUCAAAGAACGG